AUGGAACAAGGGAACAAGGUGCAACCUAAGACAAGUCGGAAGGAUGCGAACCUUAAUCACUUCUCUCGGCUGUCUGAUUCAAUCAUUUAUCACAUCUAUUCGUUUUUACCCACCCGAGAUGUUGCCUGUACUGCCAUCCUGUCCAAAUCCUGGUAUCGUAUUUGGACCCUUUAUUCAUUUGUUGUCUACCAUUUUAUCUGCACCAUGUGGGACCAAGACAAAGAACCAGAAGAAAAAGGAGUAGGAUGGGUUCAAGAAUGUGGUAGAGAGGUUCCUGGUCCAACGUUUGACUGUACUGGCAGCAGCAGCAGAAAAGACGAUUUCCUGUCAAUGGCAGGAAAAUUCAUCGGACGACGUUUUAUAGAAAACUUAAAUAUACAGAGAUUCCAAUUGUACAUUGACUUUCCUAAGAUGGGCUCACUGGCUCAAAGAUUGAAUAUAUGGAUUGAUUAUGCAAUGAUGAGGGUUGUGCCAGAGCUUGUUCUUCGCAUUGACUGCUUAACCCGUGAUACAAAAGUUGGUCAUCGCAUUAACACUUCAUCAAGUCGUCAAAGGCUCCAUUAUGCUAUACCUCAAUUUGCUGUUGAAGCUAGGUGGCUAAAAAUUUUGGGCUUGAGUGGUUGUAGAUUUGCGACUUGUUUGGACAUCAAACUUCCCCAGCUACAGAGCCUUUCAUUAUGUCAUUCCUGCUUUGAUGAUAAGUCUCUAUUGGAAAGGUUUCUCCUUGGAUGCCCACUGGUUGAGUAUGUGAAGAUAUCAUGCUGCAAUUGGAUGGACAAACUUCUCUCUGUCCCAAACUUACCUGAAUUGAAGCAUUUUGAGUGUUUGUUCUGCGAUAUGGUUGAUAUGAUUCAAAUUAAUGCAGCUAAGCUUCGUACUUUCUCAUUUGCGACAUUGAAAGAAGUCAAACAACUUUGGCCAAUGACCAUUGACUGGACAGCCUAUGCUACAGCACUGGAGUAG